UAACCGUCGACGGUUUCAUUCAUUUGGUUGCUGACGACACAUCACCGCCGUGAGCAAGCCUGUGAUCAACCGAUUGUUACUCUUUAUUACAUACAGAAACAAGAAAAAACACCAACAUGCGUGAAUGUAUCUCAGUCCAUGUCGGCCAAGCCGGAGUCCAGAUGGGCAACGCCUGCUGGGAGUUGUACUGCCUAGAGCACGGCAUCCAGCCUGAUGGUCAGAUGCCCUCAGACAAGACCAUCGGAGGUGGUGAUGACUCCUUCAACACCUUCUUCAGUGAGACUGGAGCUGGGAAGCACGUCCCCCGUGCAGUGUUCGUCGAUCUCGAGCCAUCUGUUGUGGAUGAGGUUCGUACCGGUACAUACCGUCAGCUCUUCCAUCCUGAGCAGCUGAUCACCGGCAAGGAGGAUGCUGCCAACAACUAUGCACGUGGUCACUACACGGUCGGGAAGGAACUAAUUGACCAAGUUCUGGAUCGCAUCAGGAAGCUGGCUGACCAGUGCACAGGUCUCCAGGGAUUCCUCAUCUUCCACAGCUUCGGCGGGGGCACUGGUUCCGGCUUCACUUCUUUGUUGAUGGAACGUCUUUCCGUCGACUACGGGAAGAAGUCCAAGCUAGAGUUCGCGGUCUACCCUGCACCCCAGAUCUCCACGGCUGUUGUCGAACCCUACAACUCAGUUCUCACAACUCACACCACACUUGAGCACUCCGACUGUGCCUUCAUGGUCGACAACGAGGCCAUCUACGAUAUCUGCAGACGUAACCUUGACAUCGAGCGACCUACCUACACAAACCUGAACCGUCUUAUCGGCCAGAUCGUCUCCUCUAUCACCGCUUCUCUACGGUUUGAUGGUGCUCUCAAUGUUGACCUAACAGAGUUCCAGACCAACUUGGUGCCAUACCCACGUAUCCAUUUCCCUCUGGCUACCUAUGCCCCAGUCAUCUCUGCUGAGAAGGCCUACCAUGAGCAGCUGACCGUCGCAGAGAUUACUAAUGCCUGCUUCGAGCCUGCCAACCAGAUGGUCAAAUGCGAUCCCCGUCAUGGGAAGUACAUGGCUUGCUGUCUUCUUUUCCGUGGUGAUGUCGUUCCCAAGGAUGUCAACGCCGCCAUUGCUACCAUCAAGACCAAACGUUCCAUCCAGUUCGUCGAUUGGUGUCCAACUGGCUUCAAGGUAGGUAUCAACUACCAACCACCCACCGUCGUCCCUGGUGGUGAUCUCGCCAAGGUUCAGCGUGCCGUCUGCAUGUUGAGCAACACAACCGCAGUAGCUGAAGCAUGGGCCCGUCUCGAUCACAAGUUCGAUCUGAUGUACGCCAAACGUGCUUUCGUCCAUUGGUACGUCGGAGAGGGUAUGGAGGAAGGAGAGUUCUCUGAGGCUCGUGAAGAUUUGGCUGCUCUCGAGAAGGACUACGAAGAAGUCGGACUUGAUUCUGCUGAUGGAGAGGAGGAGGAAGCAGAUGAAGAAUACUAACUGCAUGCUCACCGUUUGCCAAUUUUGUCAAUGCAACGUAAUGUCCCACACAACCAAAUUAUUUUAAAGAUUAAACCGUACCUAUUAGGAAAAAAUGCAAUUCUCGCCCUCAAAUCUGGAGAGAAAACAUUAAAAAACAAUCCGAAUUGAAAACUUUUUAAUCAUUUUUAGUACCCAUGUAUAUGUAAGAAUACUUGGGACAUUGCGAUAUCAUAAGUUCUGAUUUAUGAAAGGAUGAAAUUUGUGGAAUUAUGUGUAGGUAGUCCUGAAAAGAAAAGAUGUGUUCUUUCUUUAUGCAAGAGUUUGGGGAAAACAGUUAUUUAAUUGUUCUGUAACUUGUUGAUCUGAAUGGCAACUGCAUUCUCUUUCAGGAAAACCCACCCGUGUUUCUGCGAAAGGCAAAUUCAUGCAAUACUUCAAAAGCAACAACAGUAAAACCUUCCUGCUUUCUCCAAGUAAAUUUACUUCUGUAAUUAUCCAUGACUUCAAAGAAAAUGUUAAAAUAAAAUUGACAAUUUUUUUUCUUCUCCAAA